AUGCGAGAUUUUCCUUUGGCAGUAGGAGGCACACACCCAGAGAAUGCGGGAGCUGCAAGGGGAAAGGACCCAAUUCCACAGCAAAGAAAAACAAAGAGAAAAAAGGCAUACAGGUAGCCAGCACUAAGGGACGCACCAAGAAAGCAGUGAGCCACUGCUGCUACUUCCAGCAGCUCCUUCUGCUGCAGCCCGAGAGGAACUCGGUGA